AUUAAUCCGUAUCGCCGCUACAGCCCGGUAUUGAGGAGGAUUGUUUAUUUUUGUGUUUCUAUUCUAUUUUUAGAUUUUUAGUUGAUGUUUUCAAACAAUUUUGAAAUUUCUUAAAUGAAGAAGCAAUGAAAACUUCAAUAUUUUUAUUGUUGAUAUCAUUAUUUGCGGCAAGAGCUGCCGAGGUUGUGCCAAACACAUCAUCCGCGCGCAACAACAAAGUUAGAUAUUUAGAAGCUGGAGAAAUCUACAACUAUGAACCGCUGCGACGACAUCGUGGAUUCUUUGAAAGGGAUUUACGCACCUAUUGCUACAAGGGCGAGGAUAGAACAUUGCGGCGUCUUUUCGAAACGGUGGAGCUGAUUUUGGAAAUUGAAGGUGAUGAUUACACGCAAUAUGAUGGUUCAUCGCCCGAAGAGGUUCAACAGCAUUACGAUGAACAUCGUUCCCUGUUCAGUUUCAAUUUGUUUAGCCAGAAACGUUCACGUCUACCGCUUUCGCCAUUUGUUUCCAGCUGUAUGGGCAUUGAAACCAUUGAACCUUAUCGCAUACGUUUGCAUAAGGUUAGGGUAGAUUUCUGGCGUGUUCUUCAAUUGAUAAUUGGAUGUCUGAUAUUUCAAUAUGCUGGCAAGUUGUCACAUAACUCUCUGUUUUACUACAUAACCGGUGUAAUGUUGGGCAUAUGCUCAUCAUUUAUGCUGCUGAUAUGGUUGUCGAGUAAACUGGUUCCACGACGCACCAUGAUGUAUGGCGUUCUAAUUGGUGGCUGGACCAUUGGUCUGUAUGUCAUACAAAUGCUGUGGGAAAAUCUACAAGUUAUCAUUGUGACCUAUCGCACCUAUGUCUUUUGGUAUAUUCUAAUAACGGGAGUGGUUUCGUUCUUUUUCUGUUAUCGUUGGGGACCACCGACAAAUAAGCGUUCGAAAAAUAUAAUCAAAUGGCUGCUGCAAUUGAUGUCAUUGCUUCUCAUCUAUUUGUCAAGUUAUUACGAGGAGGCUACAGCGGCGAUUAUUAUAAUUACAAUUGUCUUGCAUUAUUUUCCUCGUUCCUUUUGGUACAAAUGUCGAGCUUUGUGGUUGCGUAAAUUUCCACCAAAACGCCGUCUGCUUACCAACGAAGAAUACUAUGAACAAGGUGUACGUGAGACCACCAAAGCAUUGGAAGAAUUGCGCCAGUUUGCCAGUAGUCCUAACUGCAAUCAGUGGAGGGUCAUGAGCAAACUUCGUGAUCCAUUACGCUUUGCUGCCUUUGUUGAGGGCGCCUCCCAUUUACGCGAUGAAGAGAUUUUACGUUUUGAGUCCUCGAAAGAUGAUGAAGAUGAUAGCAAUAAUUCUGAUAUCAUUUUGGAUGAAAGCGAGACUGAAGAACAAAACAGCUAUCAUUACAACAAAUCACGUCGUUCAACCUCUCGACGUCCAUUGCAAGAUGAUAUAAGUGAAGAUGAAGAUUACAAUGGGGGUAAUGCCUAUAGAGGCGGUACGCCACAAAACAGCAAUGCUUUGCGAUAUAGUGCUGCCACCUCUUCAACAUCAUCAUCUGCGGGGCGGCAGAGAGCACGUCAUUUAACACCCACAAAUACGGUAUACAAAUCAACUCGCUCAAGUGUAACCAGAUCAGCCAACAGAAUAACCAGGCGUGAGGAACGCGAUGAAUUCAGUGAUGAUGGUUAAGACAAUAAGAUGUUUCUAUGUUUACAAUUAACUAUUUAUUUUUAAUUUGUUGUUUGUGAGUUUUUGUCUUAAUAUUUUUUUUUAUUCCUCGAACUGAUCUUACAAUUCAGGUACUGAUGAUCUUUGUAACUCCAAAUAAUAUUUCACAAUUUUUGAAUUAAAUGGAAAUUUAAAUAAAAAAUAAUUUAAGAUAUUUUGUAAGUAAGUCUUAAGAACAUAGACUGAGCCUAGGAACAAGAAACCGGAAAACAAAGACUAGAAUAAAACUGUCAUUAUUUUACUUAA